AUGGCGGCGACAAAAGUAGGAGCAAUCGGCGUGGAAGAUCUCGCCACUUCCGUCGAGCAACAGCCACCACAACAAGCGCAGCAACAGGCGGCGACCAAGCACAACAACAACAACAAUAACAACAGUAGUAACAGCAACAACAAUAUCAAUGAAAAUAACAAUAUCAGCAACACUCACAGUACCAGUCCAACGAACAUUGUGCCUUCGGGUCGAAGCAGACCCAAUCCUCAAAAACCUCCGAAAUCCGCUAGCCUCGCUCUUGCUGAUCACCACGAGCAGUUGGAGUGCAAUGGAUACUUGGACGGGAAUCACGUUGACGCUGCAGCUCUAAGUGAAGAGAGUAUUUGUGUACAAAGUCCCGCAAGAGCGACACCCGCAGUGAAAGUGAGCUCCGCCGCUGCCACUACUCAGGUACCGGCGAUAUCUUCGGAGUGGCCGACGCUGGGAGAGGUCGUAGAAGUCGGAGUCGAAGCCAUCGGAAGCGGGAGCGCUUCGUCGAACGGAAGCGUUGCAUCGCCCAAAGCGUCGAAAGAUUCUACCGGACUUGCUGAAGAAGAUUUCAGAGAGAGUUUAAAAGACGGCGCGCAGCACAUCGUUCCUAAAGAUGCCUCUAACAACAAGAAGAAAGGUGCCAAACCAAAAUGGGUUCCGUUAGCAAUAGAGCCUGUAAGUGGAAACCGGAAAGGGGAGCCGAGGUCGGGAGGAUCCUAUCGUGGCGAGCGUGGUUCGAACAACGCGCAGAAAACUGUCAAUGCAUCUCAAAUUUCGAAUAACGUCUCGUCGAACAAAAACAACUGGCAAUCGAUCAACGGAUCGUCGUACGUAGGCGCCGGAUCCGCUGGAGGGGGAGCUCAAAUGAACGGACAAAGAGAAUCGAGUAGAGGUCGCGGAGGUUCGGGAGGUUACCGAGGCGGAAGCCGAGGACGAGGUAGAGGCCGCUCCACUCCUCAGUCGUGGCUGAGAACAUCUACGCCGAUACAGAACAAUAGGGCAGGCCCUCAGCCGGACGUUAUGGAAGCUGCGGCCGCUCCAAGUUUCUUGGUUCCAAUUAUUCCCCCGCGUAUACCUCUGACGCCUUCACCGCCUCCUGCGAAUCAGUUCAUCCCUCCGGCGGCUGCGGUUGUGGUCGCUGGUGCUCCAGCAGCGCCGAUCGCGCAAGUCGCUCCGCCAAGAUUCGGAUUCUUGGGUGGUUCCUACCUCACCGUGGAUGAACCUACGCUCAAAGAGUACAUUCGCAAACAAGUAGAAUAUUACUUCAGCGAAGAGAACCUGCAAAGAGAUUUCUACCUCCGACAAAAAAUGGAUCGCGAAGGGUACCUCCCCGUCAGCCUCAUUGCUGGCUUCCACAGAAUAAAGGCUCUCACGCAAGAUAUCAACCUCUUCAUACAGGCUGUGAAAGAGUCGUCCCUCGUGGAACUCAGAGACAAUUUGGAAAUACGGACGCGAGAGCGACCAACUUAUUGGCCGCUUCCCGAUGUACCAAAUGGUUUGACGACGCCUGCUCCCCAGCAAACAAGUCCCGCGUCCGCUCAUUCUCAGGAUCCCUCAUCGAAUCCGCCUUCGAGCGGCGGGGGUGCUCCAGUCGUCAUUAACGAGACGACAACAGAAACAAUCGAAGCAGAAGAAGCAGAAGAAGAGAUCACAGAAGGCGACGCGGCCAGAGGCGAGUGGACCGAGGUGAAGAAGGACCGCCGGAAUCGGGAGAAGAGCCGCAGCAAGGAAGCAACGAAAGAGGAGCUCGAGUUCCAGCUGGACGAAGAUCUCCUCCACGAAGGCGGUCGCUGCAAUCGCUUUACUGAAGAGUGGAAUUCCGACGAUGAUCCUGACGAUGAUUACGAGAUCAAGGAUGAAGAGAUUUCGAAAAUUAUCAUCGCAACAAGGCACAGGAAAACCGGUCGGAAACAAGGGAAGAGCCGGUGUGUACCGCGAUUUUCGCCUCGAUUCCUUCGACGGAACAUGCAAAAACUGAACGAUCUUUUCCGCAGUCACUCAAACACCACCGGUGGGUCGUGUGAAGAAACAUGA